CUCUAACGAUUCUGCUAACUUGCCAAUAUUUACGUUAAGAUGUUUACAUAACCCUGCACCCUCUCCACUCGAAUUACAAUUAACGAAGGACCGUAAAUUAGUAAAAAGGAAGGGAGGGACGUUGGCAUUGUUUUUGUCGAAUAUAAUAGAAUAGCUGGAGUGGAGUGAAACAGGUAAGAGAAUGAGUCAAGGCUAAACGUGUAGAACAGAGCUGAAUAGAAGACAGAUAGCUUAUAGGUUAGCAAUUAUUGGUCUGUCACGUGUGAGGAACGGGCAGAGACAGAGCAAGGGAAUGUGUGUAUGAUGGAGAGACGUUAACAGCAAGCAUUGUAUAUACACAUAACUAAACACGCACAUACACACGAAAAGUAAUCAAAGCAAGCGAACCCAAACUCUCGGCAUUUUCCACCGACCUUGACAGUCGCCUCUUUUAGUUGAAUGUCCUUGACAAAACAAAACUGAACCAGCCAUUAUGAGAAUUCGCAGUAAUUCCGGAGUCCGUUUGGACUAUUAUUCGAGGUUGGUUAGCAAAACCAUCCUCUCAAAUCAGAAUGUAGCAAGUGGACUGAUAACUACCACUAAAGACCGACAUGCUUGGGUGCGUGACAAUGUCUACAGUGUCAUGGCAGUAUGGGGAUUGGCUCUGGCCUAUCGGAAAACGGCAGAUUUUGACGAAGAUCGAUCGAAAGCAUACGAGUUAGAGCAAUCUGUUGUGAAGCUGAUGCGGGGAAUUUUACGAGCCAUGACAAUGCAAGUGCAUAAACUGGAGAAGUUCAAAGUGACACAAAGCGCAGUGGAUUCACUUCAUGCAAAAUAUGACUCUGAGACAUGUCAACCUGUUGAAGGCGAUCUUGAGUGGGGUCAUUUGCAAAUAGAUGCCACAUCACUGUAUGUACUUAUGUUGUCUGAAAUGACAGCCUCAGGUUUAAAAAUUAUAUUUUCAUUGGACGAAGUUGCUUUUAUACAGAAUCUGGUAUUUUACAUUCAAGCUGCUUACCGUAUCCCAGACUAUGGUAUUUGGGAACGAGGUGACAAAACCAACCAUGGAUUGCCAGAACUCAAUUCAAGUUCUAUUGGGAUGGCCAAGGCUGCUUUAGAAGCUAUUGAUGGCCUUGACCUUUUUGGGUCACGUGGCGGUCCCAACUCAGUGAUUCAUGUUUUGCCUGAUGAAGCUCAACAAUGUCAGGCUAUAUUCCAUUCGAUGUUACCUCGGGAAUCUAAUUCAAAGGAAAUUGAUGCUGGUUUAUUAAGUGUGAUUAGCUAUCCUGCUUUUGCCUGUGAUAAACCUGAACUCAUUCUGGAAACUAAAAAACAUAUUCAAGAAAAAUUACAAGGCAGAUAUGGUUGUUCUCGCUUUCUCCGCGAUGGUUACAAGACAGCCAUUGAGGAUCCUAACAGAUUAUAUUAUGAACCUGGAGAGCUGAUGAAGUUUGAACAUAUUGAGUGUGAGUGGCCUCUGUUCUUCACCUACUUCGUUCUGGAUGGACUUUUCACUAAUAACAUGGAACAGACUGAAAGGUACCGGUCUCUUUUGGAUGAUGUCAUUCACAAAAAUGACGAAGGCUUAACACUGGUUCCAGAGCUUUACAUGGUACCUCAUGAAAAGGUUGAUGCGGAAUUUAAGAAUCCUAAAUCUCAAAAAAGAAAAGCUAUUGGAAGAUUACCACAUUUGUGGUCUCAGUCGCUGUAUGUCGUAGGGAGACUCAUCUAUGAGGGAUUCCUGUCUCCAGGAGAGUUAGAUCCAUUGAACAGACGUUUAGUAUCUACUGCACGCCCAGAUGUCGUUGUUCAAGUGGUAAUUUUAGCUGAAGAUGAAUUUAUCCAAGAACGUCUCUCAGACUAUGGUAUUGAAGUGCAAACAACUAAAGAAGUAGAGCCUAUAAAAGUCUACCCAGCUCGUAUUUUAAGUUACAUCUACUCUUUCCUGGGAAAGAACAAACGUCUUGGUUUAACAGGACGACCAUCUAGUGAAAUUGGUCUUUUGGCAACUAGCAAACUUUACACACUCAAAGAUCAAAUUUUAGCAUUUGCGCCACAGUUUCUGGAUCGACACCACUUUUUUGCAGUCCUUGAUCCUCAGUUCAUUGUAGAUUUUAUGCGUUGGGAGAUUAGCUUUUUAAAGAGCAACUGGAAAGCCACAAAAGGGAGACCUACUUUGAUUGUCGUUGUUCAACCUUGGGUUUUAGAUCAUGGAAAGAUUCCAUCUACUGCCCUCAUAGCCAACAUCAAAAAACUACAAAGUGGUUACAUUAAUGGUGCUCGCGUUCAGGUUGGAAACUUGAAAGACUUCUUGAGUACCAGUUGUGUGACUAGUUUAAGUUUUAUCUUUAACACUGAAGACGUCGAUCAAGAAAGUAAACUGUUACGCAGUAUCAAGAGCAAGCUGGAUGCUGUCUCUGCUCAUGGCCACAUUUUACGAAGUUCUGAUAUGUGGGAUCGUAAGAGAAGUGCAGAUGCUCGGAAGAUUCGCAGGCGCUCAUCUGUCCAUGGAAUUGUCCGG